AUCGGUUCUCAUACUUCAAAGUUAAACACAUUUUUCAUAAUUAAGAAACCCCCAAAUGAGGAACAAGAGAGUCUUCUCCUUCUUCUUGCUCUUCUUCAUCUCUGUGUGCUUUAUGGAACUUGGCAGAGGACAGAAUAACAAAAGAACCGAAGUCAAUGUGGUUGCCGUAACUGAUGUGAGGACUACAUACUCGAAGGUUGACAUGCUAUGUGUCAACUCGUCUCUUUCUGAUUUUUAUUCUUCUCGUCCUCAGUUUCAGACAAGGCUUGUUGUCAACGUCGGUGACUCAAGAAACGAAGUUGUGGAAGCAGCAGCCGCAGGUCCGCUCCUCAUCUCCUCUCUCUCAUUUCGAGCAAUAACUUAUGACGUUUCCUAUGAUUUCAUACCUUUCGAGAAACUUAAUGGUCAAGCAACCGGUAAUUACAACGACUUGGGCCACCAAGUGUUCCUUGGGAGAUAUGAUGUGGUUGUGAGAGAUAUAACGAUACUGGCAAACAGGUCCUCUUACAUCGAUUUCACAUUCUCGUUCAUUAAAUCAGGUGUUGGUCUGAUUGUUUCAAUGGAUGACCUAGUGAGGGGAGAUCAAUUCCGUUUCUUGAAACCUUUGUCAUUGAAAUUAUGGUUAACUUCAUUUGUUUGUUUCUUAAUUGUGGGCUUUACUGUUUGGGUUCUUGAGAAUAUAGUUAACGUAAGUCCAACAAGAUACCGAGCUAGUACCAUUUUUGUUGGAGAUGGGUUUAGCACCUUCCAUAAAGCCCCUCAUCAUAAACUAAGAUCAGCCAACUUUAGAAAAGAAAGGCAGCAUGGAAAAAGGCAGCAUGGAAAAAGAAGUAGGCAAUGAUAAAGAAUAUGAGAAGAAAAGAAAAAUUCAUUAAAAAAAAGGAAAGAAGAGCAAGUAAACAUGUAUAAAUAAAAAAACAUGUAUAAACAUGAGUGCAUUUUUUUUUUUGAACACAACUUGCAUUAACUUUGAAAUAAACUGUUAGGUGAGGGCCAUAAAAGCCUCACCCAUACAUAAAGCUUCUUUUGCUAGAGAAUCAGCUACAAGGUUUUGAUUUCUAGAAAUCCAAUUAAAGGAGAUAGACAAAGCAGGGGAGGAGCUCAGAUUGAAGAUGUCAGCCAGGACCCCCGUGAAGUUCCGUUAGUGGCUCAUGUCGGUUUAUGGCUUUUAUCAGUUGGGAAGAGUUGCGCUUUCAAAGGGAGCAUGCAGCUCUGGAAGAUUGUGACUAUGUGGUUCAAAAGGUAUCAUUGUAUUGGAUUGGAAGAGCUCAUAAAAUAUUGAGGAUCAGAACCAUGGUAAAUGUUUACAUUUAUUUAUUCGUCGUUCCAUAAAUAGAGCGUUUAGGGUUAUAUACGAUAAAGAAGGUAUCUACUUACCAAGUUAGAGAAUCAUACAAUAAUUAUCACAAAAGGAGGUUAAAUAGAUAAUGAUUUAGAAGAACAGAGGAUACGAUAUUUACUCAAGUAAGAGCUACAAUUGGUUAGGUUACAACAAGAGUCUCUACACCAGCCAAACUGCCAGCCGGCCUGAAACAUCAUAACCCACAAAAGAGUACAUAACACACGAAAUAAACAUCGAUCCAACAUUUUAAACGAUAACAAAAAACGGCAGAAACUUGUCCUAGAGCGAGCAAAAAUUGUAAAUGACAAAGUCGAGCAAUUUUUAGGAGCAUGAUCAAUCAUUGAGGUUAAAUAUCCAUAUUGUCUUGUAACCCUAGUGGUCGUAAAAAAUGAUAGAUGGGGAAUUUGCUUUGAUUUUAUCGAUUUAAACAAAGCAUGUCUAAAACAACUUUAUGUUGCCACAUAUCAAUUGCUUAGUUGAAGCAACCACAUGUAAUCAGAUACUUACUUAUAUGAAUAUUUUCAUGUUAUAAUCGGAUCAUGAUGCAUCCAGAUGAUAGGUAUCAUUCAUCAUAGAUUAUGAUAGAUAUUGUUUCAAGGUAGUGUUUUUAUGAGAGCCGAAACUCAAUACAAUCAAAAUUUAUAACACAAAACUUUUACGGGAUCCGGACUUUAUUUAGAUAAAAAAAUAAAUAACAAAUAACCAGAAAAUAAUGCGUAACAGUUUGAAAGAUAAAGUUUUAUUCCACAAUUUCAUAUAUACUUAUGAGAGACAAACCGUACUGAAUGUUUGUCUAGAGAGCAAGAUUACAACAGGGAAGACAAAGCAAGACGGCGAGGUCUGACUAACAGGGAA